AAUAAACGCAAAUUCCCUUCCAAUUAGUCAGGCAACGAGACGAGUUCCAGCAAAUGUAGUUAGGAGCACUUCAGCUCUCGUUUUACGAUUUUGCUUGCUUAGUGCGGGCUGUUUGAAGUACCAAUAAAGACGCACUACCACCACGUUGAAGUUGAGAAAUUGGACCCUUCAGUAACAGCAUUCUGUCUCUUACAAUACAUAAUAACGUGUAGCAAUGGACUCUUCCCCCAGUGAGUUUUUGAAUAAGGUGAUCGGAAAACCUGUGUUCAUUCGUCUUAAUUCCGGUGUUGACUACAAAGGAAUCCUUAGUUGUUUGGAUGGAUACAUGAAUCUUGCCCUUGAGAAUACCGAAGAGUAUGUUAACGGAAAAAAAACUAACGAAUACGGAGAUGCGUUUAUUCGUGGAAAUAAUGUAUUGUAUGUCUCUGCUAUUCGUGAAUAAAUGGGAUGCUAUAAAAAUGGAAAGAAAGUAUCAAUCAAUGACUACAUGAAAGCUGAACAAAUAAAAAGUUUUGUAGAAUGGGGCAUUGGAAGCGAAGUUGGAGAGCA